AUGAGAGCCUUUCAAGGCCAGGCGUGGAAAAGGAACCCCGAACAAUACGUACCAGAACCAGAAUACCGCUGCUCCCCACUUAACUUUGCUCACGCUCCGCCUUACCGUGACGCUUCCCAAUCCUGGUUUCUUCGGCAUCAUCUCAUCUCAUCUCGCCCUCUCCCUUCCGGCCCUUUUUCCUCACUUCUCUUGCCCUUCUGUUCACCUCACUCUCGCUUCCACCCGUCUGCCAUGGGUCUUGCUGUGUCCCAGUUUUCGGUUGCCCUUUCAUCUGCAAACCUCUCUUCACCCUCUCUACUGUCCAUUGCUUGA